CCAGAACCGUUCCUUAAGCAAACAUGGCUGCUAAGUUCAUCGCAUUCGCUGCUCUCGUAGCUGUCGCCCGCGGAAGCGGCAUAGUCUCCGCCCCCGUAGCCAGAGCCGUAGUCGCCGAACCCUACGACCCCAACCCCCAAUACUCCUACGGAUACGAAGUCCAGGAUCCCCUCACCGGCGACAGCCACGGACAGGUAGAAACCCGCAGCGGAGACGUAGUCCAGGGUUCCUACGCCCUCUUGGAUUCCGACGGCACAAGGAGACAAGUCGACUACACCGCCGAUCCAAUCAACGGAUUCAACGCUGUCGUUUCCAAACAACCCGUCGCCGUUGCUGUACCAGCAGUAGCUAAAGUAGCAGCCCCAAUUGCCCCAGUCGCCCCCGUACUUCGCGCCGCUCCUCUCGCAGCCGCUCCAAUUGCCCCAGUCGCCCCCGUACUUCGCGCCGCUCCUCUCGCAGCCGCUCCAAUUGCCCCAGUCGCCCCCUGGCUUCACUCCGCUCCUCUAGCAGCCGCCCCCUUACUGCGUUCCGCCCCUUUUGCAGCCGCCCCACUUGCACCUUAUGCUUCUGUACUUCGCUCCGCUCCUCUCGCUGCUGCCCCAAUCGCACCCAUCGCUACCCCUUGGGCCGCUCCAGUCGUUAGGUCAGCCCCAUUGUGGUGAACAGGAAAAUUGAGGAUGUAAAUUAAUGUGUACAGUGUACAUUUGAAUAUUAAAAUGGAGAAUAGGGAUAAUAAAUAAAUUUUAUUUAUUGCAGUAUA